GCACUAUAAACACAUCCUAAUACACCAUGUCUGAUAAAAUUAACUUUGCCGUUGUCGGUACCGGUAUCUUCGCCACCGAUACCCACUUACCUACUAUCCAAAAGAUCCCUGAACUUAAUCCAGCUGCUGCUUACAACCGUACCAAAUCCAAGGCCGAACAAUUCGCUACAAAGGCAGGAAUCCCACAAGAUAAAGUUUACGACACUUUAGAAGAAGCUUUCCAAGACAAGACCAUUGAUUUUGUUGAUGCAUUAUUACCAGUCCAAUUCAACUUGGAUGCCGUCAAAUUGGCCAUCGAACACAACAAACCAUUAGCUUUUGAAAAGCCAAUUGCUGCUAACUUGACACAAGCCAAGGAAAUCGUCCAAUUGAGUGAAAAGACCGAAGUCCCAAUCAUGAUCUUGGAAAACUGGACUUACUUGUCUGCCAUUGACAUCUUGAAGAACCAAGUCUUGCCUAAGAUUGGUGAAGUCGUUGCCUUCACUUACAACGCCACUGGUCCAUUCCACGAUACUUCCAAGUACUUGGCCACUGGAUGGAGACAAAAGCCAGAACACAUUGGUGGGUUCUUGAGUGAUGGUGGUGUCCAUCAAUUGGCUCUUUUAACCGAAGUCUUGGGUGAAGUUGAAAGUGUUAGUGGAUUAACUAAGCAAUUGAGAGAACAAAGUGGUGCUGAUGAUAUCUUAUUCUCUACCUUCAAAUUAAAGAGCGGGGUUAUUGGUACUUUUACUUAUGGUUCUGCUUUUGGGGCCACUGACAAAUCCACCAGUUUCACAAUUUUCGGUACUGAAGGAUCAGCUGUUUACGACUGGUCUCCAAGCUUGUCCAAGCCAACCGUCACUUAUCAAACUGGUUCUACUUCAUCCACUGCUUCUGCCAAGUCUUCAAUUGAAAUUGACGAAAUUAACACUAUUGAAGCAGAAUUCAAGAACUUCAGAGAUGUCGUCAAGGCCAACGAUAAGAAGUUGGUCAAGGUCACUCCAAGAAAGGCAUUCCACCAUUUAGCUAUCGUUGCUGCUGCUUUGGAAUCUUCCAAGAAGAACGGUACUAGUGUUAACGUAGAAAUUCCAUAGAUAGUAUAUAUAUAUAUAUUUAUAAUUCAUCGUGUUCGGGUUCUAUAUAUGUAGAUGAAUCAGUGUAAACUUCCGAAUCUAAGAAGUCAUCAAUGACAAUGGUUGAUACAAGAGCAUCUGGUGUAUCCUCCACUGAUAACUCAUCUGUAUCAGGUAUAUUGUCCAAGUUUUCUAUGUCAGCUGUAUCAUUUGAAUCAACCAAGACAGAUGACUCCGUGGUAUGAGUAACAGGAUCUUGCACGAUUGAUAAUGAAGAAGCAUCUGGUACAUCUUCUAACUCAUUUGGAUCAUCCAAGUUUGCCGGUUCCGUGUACUCAAGCUGUUCUUCAACCGUGGAUAACGUAGUAGUAUCAGGUGCAUUAUUGAAUAACUCAGCUGUCUCAGGUGUAUCUAUUAAUUCUGAUAAUGCAGUAGCGGAUGAAGUUUCAGACGAUACAUAUGUUUCAUGCAAGACGGACAUUACAGAAGAACUACCAAGCAAGCUUGAUAGGAUAGUAGUUGCGAUAAUUGCGGAUGAAGCUAAUGAGGUGAUUGCUUGCUCCGAGACAGUCUCUUCUAAACUAGACUCCAAUGCUGUGGCUACAGUCUCCAUGAUACCACUAGACAACACAACCGAUGUAUCUUUACCACCAGUCAACCACCCGUAAAUCCCAAUAAUCUUGAAAAACGACCACAACAUUAAUCGAAUAGGCGUACGCAACACUCUUCGAUAAAUUACCCAACAACAACACGACAAAAAGAACGCCCCAGACAUGUAUAUCCUCUGCUUAUCGGCCUUAUCCUGCUUCUCGAUAAACUUGACAAUCUGUUGAGACCGGUUGAGCAAUGAGGAAAACUGGACAAACCCCUCGUUCAACUUGUGCAAGUCCUUAGUUUGUUGAUCGAGUGAGUUCAAGUUUAAUUCACUUUGGAGAAUCGUGGCCGAGAGUAAUUGUCGCGAUGUUUGGAGUGAUUGGGUGAUUUGCUUGUUGUGGUGAGCGAUCUGGUGAUUCAUGGAGAGUUCAGAGAUGGCCUUGUUUGUCUCUCUUGAUUUCGCAUCGCCAAAGAGCUGAUCUCGGUCGCUUAAUCCGGAGCUGGUGUUUGAUUUUUCAGAUUGAACAGGUUUGUCUAAUCCAAACUGCUUGAUUCUGAAUUCAUGUGAAAGUUGGGCCUCUCGGCUGUGGUUGUCCAUGAGGAUCUCACGGAGCUUCUUCUUAAAGGACAGGUAUCGCAAUUGGUAGAGUUCAAACGUGUGGAAAUCUUCACUUGUGGCGAGUUUGUGUUUGCAUAUGCGGAGGUAGUCUUUGUAUUUGAGUAGUUGUUGGUGCAAAUGUUUGUUGACUGUUGAAUCGAAGUCUUGGGUGGUGGUUGUCAAUGAAUCUAGUGACGUGUAUAUUUGGUGUUGUAAGUUAUCCAACUUCUUGUAGUAUACGUGAGAUGACAUGAUGAAAAUGCACUCCAAUACAAAUCUCGAUUGUGAUUAUACACAAUUAACCACUAGUGAUAUAUACGUGUAAC